GAGACAGAAGGGAACGAAAGAAUCGAGAGUGACAUACGAAGAGGUGAGAGAGGGAAACGAGGAAAAGGAAGAAAGAUAGAAGAUAUUAAAAGACAGAGGAGAAAGGAGGAGGAGGAAAAGUAGGAGAGGCGAUAGAGUAGAAGAUGAACACAGAGGAAUGAAAGCAGGAGUAGGAGGAAGGGGAGGAGUUAAAGGAGUAGGAGGAGAGGUAAGAGAAGUGUUGUUUAGACAGUAUGGACGACGAAGACGCCACCAGUUGUUCGGUGUCGCAGCCAAUGGUGUCUUUAAUACCACCUUUUACUAUCAAAGUGAAGUCGGAACCACUGGAUGACAUUAAGAAUGAAGCCGAUAUGGAUGACCACGAGGACAGAAUGUCUACAGAGUUAUUGGAACCGCCAUAUCAUCGUCCAUCUUCCACCUCAACUCAACUUUCACAAAUCCGUGACUCACCACAUUCAGAUGAGCGCAACACCACCAUUACAGAUUAUGCCGAAACGACCAUGAAUGAACUUUUAGGAAUGUACGGAUAUGACAAGGUCAGUCACCAGGAAACGCAGAACCUGAAUCUCGAACGCUACACUGCAUCGUCAACGCCUGACACUUCCGUCCAAGGAAUGGAUGAUUGUCAUGGCGACAGUGAUGAUGAAAGUUCCGAUGCUCUCAGCAUAGGAGCCGAAAGGAAAAGCUCUUCGAAUGGGGAGACAACUCUAGCAGCCCAACAUAGAAAUUUGGUCUCUGCACUGAAUAAACGACUUUGUCAUGAUUCAGGGGGAGCCUACAACAAUGAGAAAUUGCCAUCUGGUUACAUUAUCUGUGCCUGGUGUCAGAAGCCCGGUCUCAAGUUGUUCACUCUAAAGACAUUGAAUGGUUCGAAAGUCUUUUGUAGCGAGGUCUGUUUCACUCAGUGCCGCCGUGCAUCAUUCAAGAAAAACAAGAUUUGUGACUGGUGUAAGCAUGUCCGCCAUACAGUGAACUACGUCGACUUCCAGGAUGGGGAGCAGCAGUUACAGUUUUGUAGUGAGAAAUGUCUCAAUCAAUACAAGAUGAACAUUUUCUGCCAAGAAACUCAGGAACAUUUGCAACAGAUCCAGUCAUCUUUAGACACCAAUUCCUCUUCUAAUGGCGUUCCUGAUGACAAACAGAUUCUCAUCACUCCAGACCUCUGGUUACAAGAAGACAUUGUACGGCGCAGUAAAAAGCUGAGAGUUUCUGACGAAGCUAGGAACAUUAGUAAAGCAAAAGACUCUACUGAGAAGCAUAAAAAUCUGUCCAGUCAUUUCGACAAUCCAGAAAGUUCAGCUUCAUCCAAUUCACAUGAUAAACACGCUGAGAAGUUCAAUGUAGAUAAGUCCCUUAAAGAAAGAUUAGUUAAACGGAUUCACAAAGACCCUCCUAGCCACACAACAAGUCCGGCAGUGACCCCUUUACCAAAGCGUCCACCUCAGCCACCAGCACAACUAAUCCCACCCAUGUUUCCCACACCUGCAGCCAUGAAUAACUGGUGGCACCAAGCACAAAUGAUGGCCUCUCUUGGACCGAGUUAUCCAGCUUUUGGUGGAUUUCCUCCAAUGGUUUACCCAGGGGUCUUUAAUCCUCCAUUUACUCCCAUCAUGCCAGGUACCGCUGCCCCACCCAUACCUGAAACCUCUCGACCUCACAGUCGCCACGUCAGCAACGCCUCUUCAACACCUGGUCCGUCUAUCACACCAAAUGCCUCUGCUUCCCCCGAUAUCCCUCAGACACACUCUCAGAGCCCUAAUGUGGUCCCUAACACAUCAAACAAAGCUUCAACAAUUCCUAGAACUCACCACUUCCUACCCCCAAUGUGGCCACCCGGAUACCCCAUGAUGCCCUUUCCUCCACCCCAGAUGACCCAGUCAGGUGACACUAACACUGCCCCUGGCCCAAACCCCACUAUGCCUACUUUCCCAAUGCCGGCCCCUAACUGGACAUCCUUAGGUAUCCCUCCUCAGACAGUUAUUAUCCCUUUUCCUUUCCUCAUCCCUCUACCGUUUCCGGUACCAAUCCCUAUUCCGGUACCAAUGAAAGCAGAACAGAUUGAGAAGUUAUUGAAGCAGACGUCCAGCACCUCGACGACGACGACGACGACGACGACGACCAACAACAACAACAACAGUAGCGGGAAGGAAGAGGAAACGUCUUCGGAAUGUGAAGAUGUCAAACCUCGGAAUCUCACAGAACAUCUCAGUCUGAGCCAGAACUACAACAUGAACGGCAACCGAAGCAGCAGCAGCAGCAUCAGCAGCAGCAACAGUAUGGAGAUGACGGUGCAGAUGCGCAGCCGCAUAGCAACGACAGUUGGUAAAAAUGUUCCAAAAGAGUGUGUCACAUGUGCAUCGUUCCAGACGCCAAGCAAAAGCAACUUUUUGCCCCGGCCAAGCUCUGUCUUGUCCAUCAAGAGUGACUCACACUUGUUACAGUCAGAGAUGACCAAUGUAAAACGUCCACCAACUCCAGCCAGUGUUGGUUCUCUUGACUCUCCAAAGAAAAUACGUCACGAGUUGAUGACCAAUUCUGACUAUUCUAUAAACGAUGAAGUGAUAGAUUUGUCCAAGGACAGCGGCCGAGAGAGCAUUUCCAGAGAUAUUCACUCACCUCACAUACAAACAUUAAAAAGCCAGAAAGCCGCUUCCAGCUCUGUCCGUUCCCUCUCUGUUCCCCCUUUAUCUGUCUCAGAGACUUCAGACUCACACUUAGCUUUACAUGUCCCAAAAAUCCACAUUGUUUCCACACCCAAAGACCCACCUCUGUCCCAACAGCUGCCCCUACCGCCCACUGACCAUGCCUAUUCGCUGCGACGUGGUCUGAUACUGGACGCUCCCAGUGUGCCAAAACGACCAAAGAGCCCUUCCCCAGAAAGAAGGAACUACAUCCGCAGCAUGCCACGUGAUAUCAUGGAAGCACGUCGGUGUCUGCGAACCAGAAUUAAAACCAAAUGAACCGUAAAGCAACUCACCCAUGAUCAAAACAAACUGAACAAACAAUUCUAUAAAACAGUUCUUAUCACAAGGAUGCUGGGUGACAGAAUCUGUAGCAAUGUCCCUUAACGUUAUGAGAUCAAACCACACACCACUGUCAACUUUUUUUCCUCUUUCCAAGGUCGAUACAAUCAAUUACUUAUUAAAUACUGAGAUGCAGAUUUAAUGACCCACACCAACUUUCAAAAUCUAGCCUUGGGCCUACAUUAGAAAUAAUCAGUAUUACUACUACUACUAUUAUUAUUAUUAUUAUUAUUAGCACAAAGACAGUGAGUUUGCAGAAACGGUAAGGCACCAGACUAAAUGCUGCUUCAUGGUAUUUAGAUUUAUUUUUUACCCCUCCAUCUACAUUCUGAUAUCAGAUCUCAAUGAGGUCGACUUUGCCUUUUAUCACUCCAGGUGGCGGAAGAGUGAGGGAGGAUCAAUAAGCUAAAAUACCAGUAAUGUACUGGGGUUCUUUCAAUCAAUUAUACCUCCUUCCACCCCACCACUUGCCUCAAACAAUUGGCCUCAUGCCUCACUAAUAAAUCAUUAUUGUUAUUACUAUCAUUAUUAUUAUUAUCAUGUCACCAAAGACGAAGGUCUUUCACUUCACUUUACACAAUUUAUAGGAAUACACAGCAAAAGCAACAACAACAACCACCACUACACUAUAUUGAACAAAGAAAUUAAGUUCUUGGUUAUUUUUAAGCUGUGGGAACUGGUUGGUUCUUCCAGAGGAAAAUUUCAUCAAAUUUUGCAGACAAAAUCUUCAGCAACCACAAUACUUAUUCCAUCUCACAGAACUUAAGCAUAAAAUUUCCAGUGGAAAAACAUUACAAUAUUUUCCACUGUGGAAAACAGUUAUAUAUUAAUUUUGGAAAAUACCAAAUUUAUUUUUGUUGUUUUAAAUUUUGUUGAGUAUUUUUGUUUUUAUUUCUUUUUUUUUUUUACAUUUUUUUUUAAAAAAGUCAGAGGAGGGAUUUUUUGGUUGUUAUAAUGGGUGUGUCAUAGUGGGCGUGUCUGUGGGAGGGAACAACCUCACCAGCCAUUCACCACACCCCCAACUCUCUCCAACACACAGCUAACCACUCCUUCCUCCCACCUCCACUUUAAACACAGUUUAUGACAUAUCGGGUUUUCUUUUUUAUAGCCUUUAUUUUCUCUUUAAUUUCAGAAACAUGGCUAAUGUAUAUUUAAUAUAUCAAAUAUUGCCUUAUUUUAUUGUUUUUUUUUUAUAUCGUUAAGGCAUUAAACUGGCAGAACCGUUAGCAUGCCAGAAAAAAAUGCAAAGUGGCGUUUCUUCUAACUUUACAUUCUGAGUUUGAAUUUCACUGAGGUCAAACUUUGCCUGUCAUCCUUUCAGAGUCGAUUAAAUAAAUACCAGUUGAGUACUGGGGUCAGUGUAAUCAGCUAGCUCCCUCCCCUAAAAUUUCAGGGGCCUCCUACCAAUAGUAGAAAGGAUUAUUAUUGCUAUAGAGCAGUGUUUCUCAACCUUUUUACCUAAGCAUAGCCCUUAAAAUAAAUUACAUGUCUCAAGGAACCCCUGCACAAAAAAAUUUAUGUAUCUUAUCUUACUCAUAUUUUUUCACGUUUGUUUAUGUUGCUAAAGAUCUAAAACCAAGGCAUGAACAUCACUGCUUCACUUCUCUCCUGCCUCUACAAAAUCAUCACCAUUAUUAUCAUUAGAAAAAAAUUCAUCAUUUCAGGGAUUCAAUGAAAUAAAGCCCUGGGGGGUGAUUUUUAUCCACUGGUCCCCUCACUUCAAAACUCUGGGUGCUGUACUUAAAUCAGAAAAUUAUUAUUAUUAUUAUUAUUAUUAAAAAGACAGUGAACUGGUUCAGUUAAGUUAGAAUAAAUACUUGACAGCAUUUUGAUGUUUUAUAUUUUGAGUUUAAUCCUUUCAUGGCUGAGGAAAUAAGGACCAGCUGGGCACUGGGGUCAAUGUCGUCAAUCCCCCCCCCUUCAAAUUGACGGCCUUGUGCAAGAAUUUGAAAGCUUUAUGAUUACGAAAACAAAAAUGGGAAUGUCAGAAAGGGAUGUCAGUAUUUUUUUGUUAGGUUCAUGAAAGCUUUGAGUUCAAAUUCAGCUUAAGUUACCUUUUUAUUCUAUUGAAAUGGAAUGGUGAAAAUAACAAGUACCAGUCAUAUGUUGGGAUACAGCUAAUUGAAUUUCGACCCUUCUGGUCAACCAUCAAUAUUCACAUUUGUAAAAUUGCAUUUGUAGUAUACACAUUUCCCACAUUAUAUUUAUUUACUUCUUUUAUAUGUAUAUAUACUCACACACAAAUAUACACACACCAGUAUACAAACGCACACUUUUUUGUUUGUUUUUUUAAUUUUUACUUUAGUUCAUUUGUUCUAUUUUGGUUGUUGCAGUAAUUUAGUUUUAAAACUCAAAAAUGUCUGCCACAAGAAAAGAGCAGGACAAAAGUGACCCUAAAAACACCAAUCACCUGAUGGAUCAGCAGAAUUGGUGGAGCAACACACACUAACGAGCUCACUGUAUUUUAAUUGUCGGAAUUAAUCCUUUCUAUGUAAUUCUUGGGAUGGGACAGUUUAAGAGUGGAAACCCCUUAACUUCAUUCCUUUCUCUAUAGCACUCUAGCAGACAUGGCUAUUAGAUGUUUACUUCCCAACCACAUGGUGUCAGGUUCAGUCCCACUGCAUGGUACCUUGGGCAAGUAUCUUCUGUAUAGUUCCAGACUGACAAAAUCCUUGUGAGUGGAUUUGAAAGACAGAAACAAAGGGGGGUUUUUUUGUGUGUGUUUCGUUCUCUUGAUAAUUGUAAAUAAGUGUCAUUAUAACAGAGGCAGUGUCAUUCAUUUCCAAUUUGCCAUGGAAGUCUGUCUGGUCAUGAGGAAAUAUGUCGAAUGGAAACAGGUGAGGGUUGGUGACAGGAAAGGCAUCCAGCAAUAGGAAAAAAUCUGCCCCAUUAAACUCCAUCUAACCCAUGCAAGCAUGGAAAAGUGGAUGUUAAAACGAUGAUGAUGCUGACAGUAUGUAUUUCUGUUGCUAAGGUCUCAUCUCCUGAUUGUUCCACCAAAAUUCCUCAGCCAACCUCUUAUUCUUCAAUGUCACAGUUUCCUCACAAUUUGAUUCGCUGUGAUAUAAAACAUAAAACCCUCCCCUUUUUCUUUUCGCUUUUACUCCUAGAGAUACCAGCAGACCCUUACCUCAGUUUUUAACACAGCAUGAACACACACACACAAAUGGGUUGCUAUGACAACUUCUGUCAAUAAACUUACACCAAUAUAACUCGACUGGGCAGGUCCAAUCCAGAGUGAGUGAGGCUAUGUCCAACUACUGAGAGGAACCUUGGGUGCUUUGAGCAAAAAUCGUUUUAACUGAAAGCCAGGACAUGUCAUUCCAAGUUUAAAUGCAUUUUAUGAAGCAUAUGUUGGUAAAUUAAAAGCAGCAGCAAAUAUUUUGAUGAGUGCAUCACAAAUAAUAGCAGCUGCACACUUGGGUGCUUCAGAGCUGAACAUUCAGAGUUCCAAAUUUACCUAGGGCAACUGUCUUAAGUACUUUCUGAUAAAAAAAAAAAUAGCAGUGAAAUACUAGGGACCAAUAUAAUCAACUGCACCCCUACUCCUCCUCUGCCUGACAUUUGGCAGGUGGGGGUCUUGUGCCAGUUAAGUCAUAAUAAUUUCUAAUAUAAGUGCAAAACCAGAAAUUAGGGGAGGGGGGGGGCAGUGAAUUAUAUGGACCCCAUUACAUGACUGGUACUUUAUUAUCCUCGGAAGAUUAAAAGACAAAAGUGACUUUGGCAGGAUUUGAACCAGUGCUAAUAUCACAAAACACUUUCCAUCCCUCUGUCAACUCAGCAAAUUUACCCCCCUUAAUAAUAAUAAUAAUAAUAAUAAUGGUUUCAGAUUUAUACACAAAGCUUAUAAUUUUGACAUUAAGUUGAUAGCUUCCCCCCCCCACACACACACACACACGUACUUUACUGGUACUUUAUCAAUAUUGACCUCAGAACUGAUGAAAGGCAAAGUUGACGUUUGCAGGAUUUGAACUCAGUGCCAUAUCACAGGACAGUCUUAUGACUCUGCUAAUUCUCUACUUAAAUGAUGAUGAUGAUGAUGAUGAUAAAGAAGAGCUUCCUUUUUUCAUGCCAUGGCUGGAUUUGAUCCUGUCACCAAUACUUCUUCACACACAAUGGUAGAGGGUAUGUCAUUGCUAACCGUAUUCUUCAUUCCAGCAUGGAGAUGAUAUUUCAAUUGUUUUUUUAACUAUUAUUAAAGAAAAUUUUCUCUUCACCUAGUGGAAAGAGCGUGGCCUGGUGGCUAAGGGCAUUGUACUCAUGACUGUCAGAUUGUUGUUUCAAUUCCUUGACUAGGUGGUGCGUUGUGACAUUCAGCAAAGCAUUUCAUUUUGUUCCAGUUUAUUCUGUUGUAAAAUAUGAGUUACAGCAAUGGCUGGGAAAUUAACCAUGUGAGGGACUAUCAUCCCAUCCAGGGGUUGGGGAAGUGUUGUCACCUCAGUCACUUAAAAACCAUAGACUGCAGUCUUAUGAUUCCUGGGCCUCUCGAUCGACCUAAAUCUAAGUAUAUCUCUACCAGGGGCUGUGUAUGGGGUGGGGUCAAUCUAGUUUAGUUUUAUUAAAAGGUGGCAACCUGGUAGAAUUAUUAGCAAAACAGAAUAAACACGUUGUGUGGUGUGUCUUCCAGGUUGAUAUCUCACCGGUGUCGACUUUGCCGACCAUCUCAAGGAUGGGAAGAGUCAAUGAAAUAAGGGAGCUCCCAAGUGGUAUUGACUAAACCUAUCCCCACAAAAACUGCUGACCUCAUGCCUCGACUGGAAACAUUAUUAUUAUGAAGGCAGAAUCAUUUGCUGUGCCAAGGAAAAAAAAAUACUAAGCAAUUUGUCCCCUAUGUUCUGAGUCCAAAGAAGUGGGGGUCAGUGUAACUGGCCAGCCUCAGCCAUCAAAAUUUCAGGCCAGGUGCCUAUAAUAGUUGAAAGAAUCAUCAUCAUUAUCAAGGCAGUGAAGUGACAGAACCAUUAGUAUACCAGGCAGAUCUUUACAUUCUAAGUUCAAAUCUUGCUUUGGCCAGCUUUGCCUUUUGUCCUUUCGGUUUCAUUAAAAUAAAAUGCUUGUCAAGUACUGGAUUUCAUGAUGCCAAUUUAUCCCGUCCCCUCAAAAUUGCUGGCCUUGGGUCAAAAUUUGAAAUUAUUAUUAUUAAGGUGGUGAGCUGGCAGAAUCGUUAGCACGCUGGGCAAAAAGUGCUUAGUGGCAUUUCACCUAUGUUUACACUCUGUGUUCAAAUGCUGCUGAGGUCAACUUUGCCUUUCAUUUUUUGGGGGUCAGUGUAAUCUUCCCCUAAAAUUGCUGGCCUUGUGCCAAAAUUUGAAACCAAUAUUAUUAUUAUUAUUAGUUGCAAUGACGGUGAUAUACUGUUUUCAAUUCUAUUAAGAAUGGUUCUCAUAUGACAUCACCACUUGCCUUUGGUAAAGGCAUGACAGCCACCACAACAACCAAUAUCCCUCUACUCUAAAUAUGAUGCUACAAGCCAACAUACAAAAAAAAAAUCAUUAUUAUUAAUUUUAUUAUUAUCAUUAAUGUUCUUUUGUUAUCCUCAUUAUAAUCGUUAGUUGCUUACGUUCUCACCGCUAUUUUUUCAGCUGGUUCACACGAGUCUAUAAAUACUUGUAAAUACGUAGAAAUUAUACACCCAACACACACAAAUAUAUAUAUAUAUAUAAUAUACACACUUCCUAUAUUUCCAUGUUAAAAAGAUAAAAUCGAUAAAGAAAACAAGCAAAAAAUUGGAAAAGCAUUUAAAAAACAGGUUAAAAAUAUUGUAUCAAACUUUCUACUUUAAUAUUUUAUCAACAAUUGUUGAUCAAUUAUUAUUAUUAUUAUUAUUAUCUGUUUAAUGUCAGUCUAAUGUAAUACAGGCAUGAAAAUACAUUUCAUAGCUUAAAAUACAUUAUCAUUAUUAUUUUAUAUUAUAUAUAUAUAUUUACAUUUUUUUUCCUUUAUUUUUUGCCUUUUAAUUAUUCGUUAAAAUUAUUUACAAUAAAGCUGAUUCACAAAUCUUAUA